CGAUGAAUGAGAAUGGGACCAAAGACAUAGAAUCAAGCGAUUUUUGAUUACAUUGAACUUGUGAUAACCAAGGCCAUCCAGAGUCUAAACGAAACAGGAAGAAUUGCUCAUUUAUGUUCAAUUUUUGAAUUUUUUGGCAUUCUCAAAAUUUAUUUCGCGUUUCGACGAUCGCAGUUCAUAACUAUCAUAAUUGAUAACAAUUCAUAAUUGGGAACAAUCGGGAAACAAUCUCACAAACCAAUCGCAGGUAAUCAAAAUGUCUACUACAUCACAGAAGCACAGGAACUUCGUGGCUGAGCCGAUGGGAGACAAGCCUGUGACUGAACUAGCUGGUGUCGGAGAGGUGCUAGGAAAAAGAUUAGAGUCUGCAGGCUUUGAUAAAGCAUAUGUGGUCUUGGGACAGUACUUAGUGUUAAAGAAGAAUAAGGAGCUGUUUCAAGAAUGGAUGAAAGAUGCUUGUUCAGCGAAUGCGAAACAGUCAACAGAUUGUUAUCAGUGUCUCACUGAUUGGUGUGAAGAAUUUUUGUAAUUGUGAUAGAUUUGACUUAAAUAUUCUUAAAAAAAAAAACAAAGUUUAAUUAUAAAGUUAUAUGACAUUACGCAAAAUGUAAAAUAUAUUUUAACAUUUAUAUAUUUUUAAUAUAUCUUGCUUAUAAACAGUAACUUUGAACAGUAAACAUAAAAUUUAUUUUUGCAAAUUGAAUAAUCACAUUUUAUAAUCAAAUAGUUAUUAUCACAUGUAUUUUAGUAAUUAUUUAGUAUUUGAUCAUUAAGAAUGUAAAAUGAUUUUUUUGUAUUUAUUCUAUGAUCAAUCGGUGAAUUUCAGUGAAUCAUAUCAAUAACAGUAAUGGAUUAAAGAAAUUUUGAUUUUUGUACACAUUAAGAUAUUGAAAAAAAUAUUACUUCAAUGAACACAAAAGUUAUAAAAAAAAUAUGCAGUCUUAGAUGUAAGUACAUUGACACGCUUACAUAAAAUGUGAAUGUAAUAUUUAAAUAGAACAAAAAAUAAAAGGAUUUAUUCUCUAAUAA